AUGGACAGUAACACGGGCCUCUCUGCGCUUCCACCCGUCACGGAGUUUCUAGACGAAGACCUAUCGAAUGCUGGCUCGUCGCAAUUUGAAGUGGACAAACAGCCGGUGAGACGGACGUAUUCUGCGCCACUACAUGUUCCUGAAGGAAACCCCGGUUCUACCUUUGGCCGACUUGCACAGGGAUUGAAAAACCGACGAUCUAUCAGCGGUGCCAACAAAAACAACGCGUCGUCUAUGGAUUUGGGUUCGGCGUCUGAUCACGGUCCAAGACCCAAGGGCAAACGAUCGUCAGCUUCUCCCACACUAGGAAGCCGCAUGAGCUCUGGUAUCGGAGCCAUUAAUGAAGAUUUGGAGCAUUCGUGGCGUGGAGAGAAGAAUGACGAAUUGAGCAGUUACUCCUAUCACGGAACCCGCGACAGCAUUCACCAGCGGUCAUUCAAUCGUAAUAGCCAAAAAUCCCGUAACGGCUCCAGUUCUCCCACACGUGGGGUGCGACGAAGCAACAGUCUAGAAGUGAGCAAAAAGUCCUCGACUGAAGCCUCUCCGGCAGGAAGAUUGAGCUCCAUAAUUUUGCCUGGAAGUCUAGGUGCCAAAGUCUCCAAACGAUCGCAAACGGUCCGAUCCAGCAUUGCCAAACGAUCCAAUACCCUUUUUUCCUUUGGCACGAACGGCCAGAAUAUGGAGGACGAUGACUAUGAUGGAGAACUUCACGAAAUGUACAAUCGGGAAACCUUGUAUCGGGGAUAUUCGGUAGGAGAUGCUGUCUUGGUAUUUUCUAACAAUCGAUUCAGCAGUUGUGUGAAUCGAUUUGGAUUCCCUCCUGGACAGGGACGCACGGCAGAAGAAAAGACUGGGCCCUAUCUGUUUGUCUUGGGAAAGCUUCAACAGAUUCACUUUGAAGAAAACUCUGUAUUUUACACUGUGAGACGAGCAGAUACCGAUGUGGACGUUCGAGGUACACCUGCUCUGAUGGAACCACUCGAAUCGAAGGAAGGAGAAGCAGCUGCAAGAAAGGCAGCUCAGGACUAUGCUUCUGCCAAGGAACCAUUGGAACAACUCCUGUCGGCGGUUUCCAGUCCAGUGGAACAGCGAGAGAAACGAGGCGUUGUCAAGGUACUCGAGAGUAUCUUUGUGGUUCUUCUCCUGCCGUUUUUUUGGAUCUACGAUUGUUUUGUCUACAUUGCGGGAGCACGGCUGUAUCGAUGGGGAUCCGCUUGCCUGGAUGCCAUUCGAAGGCAGUCCCUGAUGUUCCUUAAUGGCACAAAGCCCUACCAGCUUUCCACCCGACUGACCAUGGUCAACUUCUUUGUUCUGUGCAGUCUGUGGUACAGUUUUGUCGACCAAGCUCGAUUGGCCUUUAUCUCCGUCAAGUACGACAACGUUUUGGCCAUUGUCAAUUUUGCCAUUUGGGUUGUCUUGGUGCUUGAGUUGUUCUUGGAGGUCUUUAUCCGACCGGAUGGCUACCACGACCUUAUCGAAUCAGACAAGGCUUACACACCUAUCACUGUCCGCUAUAUUACGGGAGUCCACUUGUUUGUGGAAUCCGUCUCGCUUCUGUGCUUUGUUCCGGAGUUCUUUUGUCUAUUCAGCUUCGAAAUGACUUGCGAUGGACGACCACUCUUUUCCUUUAUGCAUGCUUGCAUGGCAGCCAUUUCGGGUCCUGACGCACGCCAUGCUCUAUAUGGGUUGGUUUUCCACGCGGUGGUCCGAUUGCGAGUCUUUGGAUUGCUGCGGCAUUGGAGAAACUUUUGGGUCAACCAAAAUUUCCUCAAGCGAUAUGCUGGGUUGUCUCCUCGGGAAAUUCGGGCUCUGGUCAAGCAAGAAAACGAAGAUACUGUAAUGGAGAAUGUGGACAGCUCGGAUCGAUUCCUCUCAGACGACAAUACCCAUCGACUUACCAUUAAGCAAAUGCAGCAGCAACAAGAAGGAGGUGUCAUUUCUUUGAUCAAUGCUUCUAACAUUGGAGCCGCCUUGAUGGUAACCAACUCCUAUCGUGCCAUGACCCUACUUUGCGUUAUCACGGGAGUCUUCCCUAUGAUCAGUUUGUUGGUCUUUUCUGGGAUUACCAAUACGGUGGCAAGCGACAUGGCAUGGCAACUUCAAGGAACCAAUCUCAUGCUUCAAGGCAGCAAUGCCACCUCUGAUACGAACUGUGCCUUCUUGGAGGACACCGUGAGAUCUUGGAUUAACUCUUGGGAUUACAUGGAAAAGACAUUAACUACCACGGACACCAAUAAGUACUUGCUCGGCUUGGCCAUUAGUCCCGCCCGAUGUCUGGAGAAUUUCCAAUCGAUGCAACUGGAGGAUUACAUCUACCAAGAAGUGGAAUGUGAAACACUGGGAGCCUGGGAAUACGAGAUUGACUUUCCUGGAAACUGCAGCCAAUUCCAUUACAGCAAAGCGUUCUGGGAGCAAGACAUUCGAAUUGGCAACAUUCAAAGACAGCAUUUUGCCGAAGAUGGAGGCGAUGAGAUUUAUUCUGUAACGGCUCUUUUCAAUCAUACCAGAGCAAUGGAGAACAGUGCGCUAAGCUCGUUCUUACUUCAGUUGUGUCUCGUUUUGACGGUGAUGACCAGUCUCAUUGUGCUACGAAAAGAUGCCAAGAGAAACGUCCUCGGACCGUUACGAAGCAUGUUGAAGAUUGUUGCUCGUUAUGCCAAGAAUCCGUUGUCGGAAGAAAAUCCAGGAAAGUACGGCGUGGACUUUAGCGAUUCCGAAUCAGAUGAUUUUUCAGAUGAUGAGGAUGGCGAAUUCCAAACGGACGAAACGGAACAGCUCAUCCGAGCCGUUGCAAAGAUUACAGAUCUGUUGCGAAAGUGUUGGGGUGUUGCUGGAGCUGGUAUUAUUUCCACCAAUCUUGCUUCUAGAGAAACCGCACUGGCAGAGGUUUUCAACCCUACCGUUCCAGGAAAGUCUGUCUAUGCUCUUUUUGCAUUCGCUGCAAUCAAUGGUUUUGACCAUUGUCUGAGAGCCUUGGGCGGCGAUGUUAUGAUUCUGAUAAACGAUGUAGCCGCUGUGCUGCAUAGAGAAGUAUUCCGCUGGGGAUUUGAAGACUCUGGCCAGUGCAACAAAAACCUGGGCGAAGCAUUCCUUAUGGUCUUUCGUAUUGGUUUGGUGAAGGAGGUCCUCGAAAAGCUUGAAGAAGCUACCAAGGUUGUGUUUUCGUCAUCGGACACCAAAAAGAUGACUGUUCGAAAGAGGUCUCUGAAGCGAGAAAGUGGAUCCUUUGAAGGAAUCCAGAGGCUUCGCCGAACGAGCAAGAUUCAAAGACAUCAUGGAGCCGCAGACGCCAUGCAACUGUCGCUUCAGUCGCUUCCCGGUAUUUCUACGUUUACGGAUCGUGCUGUCAUUGGAAUGCUCAAAUCCUUUGCCGGAAUCCAUCGUGACCGAAAGCUGAUGGCCUAUGGUCGUGACUUCCGACUAAGUGCCGGUGUUGGUACUUUUGACAUCAACAUGGUCUUUGGAAUGGACGCCGGAUGGGCCGUGGAAGGAGCAGUUGGAAGUGAAUAUAAGAUCGAUGCUACCUAUUUGUCACCGCACGUGAACAUGGCUUCCCGGAUGAUGAUGGCUUGCAAGCAAUAUGGAGUAACCAUCAUGCUCAGCGAAGCCGUCCAAGAACUGAUGUCGAAUGUUGCCAAGAGCAAGUUGCGUAGUUUGGACCGUGUGACAGUAAAAGGAAGUACCUGGGUUCAAAAAAUUUACACAUACGAUGCUCGGUACAAGGGAGCUGAUUUCUUUUUGUACCACCAGUCAGAGGACUUGGCGGAUAUGGAUGCAGAGCGGUACAAUGAGAACAUUUGGAAUGACGAUCAAGAUCUAAAGGCCAUGCAGCAUCACAUCACGGAAGACUUUACCAAGUGUUUCAACGCGGGUAUGAAGUUGUACUUGGAUGGUGAUUGGCCUGAAGCCAUUCAGCAGCUGACCAAGGCCAAUGACCACAUGAUUGAUGCUGCCUUUGACGAAGGGUAUCUGCAUGACGAAACGGAUUUGCCACCAGAUCGAGAAGAGCUGAGUCGCGAAUGUUCCGAUGGCCCCACAGUCUAUUUGAUCAAUUUCAUGAAGUCACAAGGUAGUGUGGCUCCACCCAACUGGAAUGGAUGGCAUCCGCUACUGAGCAAGUAG